UUUAACGACAGUAAGGGUAAAUCGGUCAGUUCUCUAAAGGACAACACUUUCUUCGAUCCCGUUCAACGGCUAAUCGCCACCGUAUUGAUUUAUUCUCUCUUUUUUCUUCAGUGGAGAGAGAGAGAUGGGAGGAAGAAUAAUGAAAGGGGUUUUACUUGACGAAUCUGUGCUUUUCGAUCACGAGAGUGAAGGUUCGACGCCGCGGCUUCGAGAAUCAGUUCCGUCUCUUCUCCGAUUGCUUCGUUAUUCUAUGAUCCGAACGGGGUUAUCAUAUAGGCUUGAUCUUCCGGAAAACAAGGUGGAUUUACUGAGGAAAACGGCAGCUGAAUACUCCAUCGAUUGCUUACCUUUAGAGACAAGCGUUACCUUUGGUGAUACUCUCAAAGCAUGGUAUAAUGAUGGCAGUGUUCUGUAUGUUGCUUCAAGCAGGAAAAAAGAGACACUGCCUGAACUAAGUCCCAGCCAGCUAGUUAUUGUGCUUGAUGUUGUAGAAGGCGGUUCAUGUGAGGAUCCUAGUAUGGUUCAUAUCCGUAGGCUCGAAGAGCUGCCGAUGACUAUUUGCUGCUUGAACAAAAAGGCAAUGGGUGAUGGUGCUGCGAUAGUUGCUUACGUCAUGAAGCCAUCUCGCGUAGAGGACUUUGCCAAGAGGGGUGCUUUACCAAUGUAUCCUACUUCAAACGGGCUGAUAUUUCUACCCCUCGUGUUUGAGUUGCCUCUUUCAUCUCAACUCAAGCACGCUGAUAUCAUUUUCCACAAAGCAACAGACGAAAUCUUGUCCAUUCAACUGAACUGCUCCGACUCAGAAUCAUCUGUUGAAGUUACAUUCUCUGCCGGCAUGGAGGAACUGCGAAAGUAUAUGGAAGAUCAAAAUGCUUCUGCCGUAAUCGACCCUAUUCAAAAUCUGUAUCCUGUCCUGGACCGACUCAAGAUGCAACAUAUUCUUCUUGGGUUAGAGGACCUCACUGCAGCAGGACGAAAGAUUAGAGGCGCCUGCUUUCUCAAGAUUGACAGCUAUAAUGAACCGGAUCUGGCUCAAAACUUGUCAAGAGCUGGACUCUCUUUUCCAUGUAUUGUGAAACCUCAGGUUGCCUGUGGUGUUGCUGAUGCUCACAGCAUGGCCAUUGUCUUCCGAGUCGAGGAUUUUAAGGAUUUGAACACUCCUGUUCCUGCCAUUAUCCAAGAGUAUGUGGAUCAUUCAUCCAGGAUCUUCAAGUUUUACGUCUUGGGGGAAAAGAUCUUUCACGCGGUCAAGAAAUCUAUCCCUAGUUCUUCCAGUCUGAAGAAAUCAGCAGAAGAAAACGGUCUCCGACCAAUUCUAUUCGACAGCUUAAAAUCUUUACCAGUUGGCUCCGCAAGCCAGAAUCCGGUAGAUGAGAUUGAUCUGGAACUGGUUACAGAAGCAGCGAAGUGGCUCAGAAAGAAGCUUGAUCUCACUAUCUUGGGCUUUGACGUGGUUAUUCAAGAAGGGACAGGAGAUCAUGUGAUAGUAGACUUGAACUACUUACCAUCGUUUAAAGAAGUCCCGGACAACAUCGCAGUUCCCGUAUUCUGGGAAGCCAUCAGAAGCAGGUUCGACCAACAUGUCCAGGAUCAUUAAAUCCGACAUCGUGGGAAGCUCUUCUGUCUGAUUUAUUGUCUGUUGACUGACGAGUGAUGAGCUCUGAGACUAAAUAAUUUGUAGAAACAAAGAAACUGUUAUGGAAUUGUAAUUUUAAGGACCAGCAAGUGAAAGUUUGUCUGGGACUGUCCUAUUGUCGAUAAGAGCAAAAGCCCAUCUAUAAAUACACGACAAGCGACGACCUUUGAGACCGAGAACUUCUCUCCAAACAUAGAAAAGGAAGAGACUUUGCCUCUUUUUGGUCUCUCCCCUUCUCCGGGGAUCUGCUCUCUCUCUCUCUCUCUCUCUCUCUCUCUCUCGCCUGUAAGAAGAUUCCCACUUCAAUUCCUCUGAAAAAACCCUAAUUUGCUUGGGAAUUCUUCAUCUAUCACUGUUAUUCUCUACUUCAAUCGUCAUCUAUGGCUGAUCAGCAAACCCUAGAUUCCUCUACUCCUCCUCCUCAGUCCGAUGAUCUCUCUCACUCCCACUCCACUUCUUCUACUACUUCCGCUUCUUCUUCCUCAGAUCCGUCGCUCUUGAGGUCUCUAUCCUCGAGUCGACUCAACGCCGGAGCUCCCGAGUUCGUACCUGGUCGAACUACUCCUCCGCUGCCGCAGCCUCCGAGGAUGAUUAUCCCGCCUCCUCCGCCGCACGGUAUGCUUCAUAUGUUCCACCACCAGCCUCCAUUCAACGUUCCGGUACUGGGUCCUGUCCCAAUCCAGCCUCACUUGGUUCCCGUUCAAAGUCACCAUCCUCAUCGCUUUCACCAUAAUCAUCACAAUCGUCAUCAGAACCAGCAAUAUGUUCCGGUGAGGAAUCAGGAUUACCAGCAGCGUGGUGUCGGUGGCGAGCAGGAGCCGGAUUUGGUUGCGAAGAAGGGCGAUCGGAGAGAUCACAAGAGAGAAUCUAAGAACGAUCACACGACGGAAACAGUAGCUUCUGUAUCCAUGGAUUCUAAAACUGGCUUGCCUGAAGAUACAGUCCAGAAGAUAGUGAAUCAGGUCGAAUACUAUUUCAGCGACUUGAACUUGGCCACAACAGAUCAUCUGAUGAGAUUCAUAAGCAAGGAUCCCGAAGGAUAUGUGCCAAUACACGUCGUUGCAUCUUUCAAGAAAAUUAAAACUGUCGUCAGUGGUAAUUCUCAGCUCGUCGCAGUGUUACAGAACUCAACAAAGCUUGUUGUUAGUGAAGAUGGAAAGAAAGUAAGACGCUUAAAUCCAAUAACUGAGGCUGCUAUAGAAGAACUCCAGUCUCGUAUAGUUAUUGCUGAGAAUCUACCUGAGGAUCAUUGCUACCAAAAUCUGAUGAAGAUAUUCUCAACCGUUGGAAGUGUGAAGAACAUCCGUACCUGCCAGCCACAAAACACUGGGGGUGGUGUUCCACCAGCAGCAAGAUCAGCCAAAAGUGAUGGUUCGCUUUUCACUAACAAGGUCCAUGCUUUUGUCGAGUAUGAGCUAGUUGAGCUGGCCGAGAAAGCAGUUGCUGAACUAAAUGAAGCAGGAAACUGGAGGAGCGGUCUUAAAGUCCGGUUGAUGCUAAAACAUCAGACAAAGGAACCAAAACAGGGUCAAGGAAGAGGAAGAAAAGGACAUGAUGUAGAAGUAGAACAUGAGGAAGAAGAUGCCACAACAUCCGAGCAGCAGCCGAUUGAGAAACAGUCUGAAGAGUGUUCUGGGGAAUGGGAUACACAUGUGCAAGAGCAGGCAAUAGGAGAGGAGCAAGGGAAUGAGAAAGCGGCUGGGCAGAGAAAAGGGCGUAACCGAGGAAGGGGAAAGGGACGAGGAAGAGGUCAACCACACCAGAACCUAAACCAGAACCAAACCCAGAACCAGAACCACAAUGGGCGUGGGAAUCAUCAUCAUCAACAUCAUCACCACCAACAUCAUCAUCAAAUGGGAACACCACCUUCAAACAAUCAAAUGAACAACAUGGAGCAACCAGGCAUGGGGAAGCAGCAACCACCUGGACCACGAAUGCCUGAUGGGACCAGAGGAUUCUCUAUGGGACGGGGAAAGCCAGUCAUGGUUCAGACUGACUGAUCCAGAGCUGUUUUACAAAGAGGUGAUUUGGGGUUAUGAAGGGUACUAAGAGAGAGAGAAAAGAAAAGAGAGAGAGAGAGAGAGCUUUCUCCUUCCCAUGGGGAAUGAUUAGUUUUGCAGACUUUAUAUUUGUCUUACUUCAAAAAAAAUACAUCUUUGUAAUGACAAUUCUCUUUACCUUACAAGAACAAAGCAAACAACUUUUUCCUUACGAGAUGACAAUAUAGUGUUAAUGUAAUGAAACACGAGUUUCAGUGUUUCUGUAAACGCUUCUACAAUGAAAUAAUGACAUGUUUGGUCUGUGUCACUGAUGUUAGUUGAACCAAAA